AUGUGCGGACAACAGGUUACCUGUGGGGUGCUGGUUGUUACUGCCAUCCUAUUACUCAUGUCAACAGAAGCAACGAGCCCACCUUGCGGUUCGACCUUGAAGGACAGGUCAGGGACGUUUAGCUCACUAAACUUCCCGCAGAACUACGACAACGACGUGCAGUGCAACUGGACGAUCUCCAUCAACGUGUCUGUGUCGUCUGUAGUGUUGACAUUUGACACGUUUGACUUGGAGUUUGAGCCGAACUGUGGGUACGACUACGUGGAAGUGUGGGAGAGACGUCUGGAAGGGGAGCAUCUUCUGGGGCGGUUUUGCGGAGACAAUGACACCCAGGACAACUUUCCCCCGGCACAAGUCCACGCAGAGUCUCGCGAGAUUACAGUGCUGUUCCGCAGUGACGCAUGGGUGACGUCACGUGGUUUCAAUGCUACUUACGUCAGCAAUGAACGUGGGGAUGUGACGUGUGAUCAGUACGAGUUUCGCUGUUCUGACGGAUCCGGCUGUAUCCCGAGGGUUCUGUCAUGUAACGGCCGCAAGGACUGCUGGGACGGGAGUGACGAAAGCGAUUGUGGGUGUCAGACAAUCCCGGACACACUCAGUUUCUGCAAAGGUGAAAUUACGUACGAUCGCAUGGCUAGCAGAAACCUGUUAGGCACCGAUAUCCCUGCGAAUGUUUUGCAAGACAUCAUCCGCAGUGUACAAGCCUAUGCGGGGACGUGCCAUCCCGAGGCUACUGCUUACAUAUGUGCGCUCGUGGCGCCUAUGUGCGAGAACAACAGGUGA